CUAGAUGUCAAUUUGCACCAGUAUGGUCUGCUCAUAGACAUCCAAUCUAUAAAUUAUUGGAAGUAUCACAUGAAGCACUUUUGUCAUGUUUAAAACCUUCAGUUAGAAAAAACAUUGAAAAGGCAUCAGUAGUUUCUAGGUCUGUACUUUGGAAUCAACAUCAAGGCCUUGAUGCAAUAUUAGAAGAAUUCAAUAAAUCAUUAAAAUCUAUGAUUCCUCCAGUACCUUCUCAACAUCAUUGGGAAAUUGCAGCAAGAAAUUGCAAAAAUUUCAUGAAG